AUGAGUGCAGAAAUGGAAAACAAGAUAUCUGCCGAUAGUGCACCUUCGGAAGAAAACAAUGUGGUUUCUGUAGACGAAACAGUCCCAAAAACCAACGGAGAAAAAGAUUGGACUAUAAGCCGAGAAGACCGUGGAGACCGGCCGUUUACCUUCGGGCAAAGAUACCUAACAUCGGAAGAUGAUGUGUGGAAUCAUAAUGCAUGGGAUCAUGUUGAAUGGGGAGAAGAACAGCGAGUUGAAGCUGAAGAAAAGCUUGCUAAGCAGCGUGAAAUGCCAGUGAAACCAUUUGAUAAAAGUCUGUUCAUGGGCAACCCAGCAAAGUACUGGGAUCAGUUUUAUCGCAACAACCAGGCAAACUUUUUCAAAGAUCGCAAAUGGCUACGGGUGGAGUUUCCAGCACUCUACGAAGCACAAAAGCCGGACGCUGGGCCUAUUUCAAUUCUUGAAGUCGGGUGCGGUGCUGGUAAUACAAUGUUCCCAGUCCUACAAAAUAACGAAAACCCACAUCUGAGCAUUAUGGGUGUCGAUUACUCGCGACAAGCCGUCAAGAUUGUGCGCGAAUCGGAGCACUUUGAUUCAAAAUAUGCGCGCGCUGAGGUUUGGGAUUUGGCCGAGCCUACUGGAGCUUUACCUGAAGGAGUGGAGCCGCACAGCGUUGACAUUAUUGUCAUGAUUUUCGUAUUUAGCGCGCUAGCACCAGAACAGUGGACUCAGGCUGUUUCCAAUCUUAAGAAGCUACUUAAACCUAAUGGCCGCAUUCUAUUCCGCGAUUAUGGUCGUUACGACCUUACCCAGCUAAGAUUCAAAGCUGGUCGAUUGCUCGACGAUAAUUUUUAUAUUCGCGGUGAUGGUACACGUGUGUACUUCUUUACUGAAGAAGAACUCCACGAAAUUUUCGGUACAGAGUUUGAAGUAAUUAAGGUGGCUACAGAUAGACGGCUCAUGGUUAACCGUCAGCGAAAACUGAAAAUGUACCGGAUAUGGCUCCAGGCAGAGUUUAAGAAUUCGAAGGUGGAAGAAAGUAAAUAA